AGGUUUUUGUUUUUACGAUGAAUGCAUCAAGAAUGCUAUCAUCAAUUUCAAAGAAAAUCAUCAAACCUUUUACUCCCUCACCAUCUACUCAAAGAUGGCACAAACUUUCCCUUUUGGAUCAAGGCAUGACUCACUCUUAUAUGCCAUUAGUUUUUUUCUACCCCAAAAACCAAGUAAAUGCUAUCCCAAAUGGGCCUAAACAACUAUCAAAUCUUCUAGCAGAGUCUUUGUCAAAAACUUUAACUUGUUACUAUCCAUGGGCUGGAAGUCUAAAGGAUAAUGCCACCAUUGAGUGUGAUGGCAAAGGAGCUGAGUUCUUGGAAAUCCAAAUUGAUUCUCCCAUGGACGAAGUUGUUCAUCACCCUGAUUCAAAUGUCAAAGAUUUGACAUUUCCUCAAGGUGUACCUUGGGAUAAUGGCGUGGGUCGCGCCUUAAUUGUAGCUCAAUUAAGCCAUUUUGAUUGUGGAGGAAUAGCACUCAGUGUCUGCAUGUCACACAAAAUAGGAGAUGGAAGCAGUGUUCACUGUUUCUUGAGGGAUUGGGCUUCAUUAACUCGAAGCUCAAGUACAAUUAGACCAUCUCCUUUUUUCGUUGAGGACUCCAUUGUACCAUCGCCAAUUGGUCCAUUGGUGUCACCUGUUAUUGGAUUACAUAUCGACCAAUGUGUUCAAAAGAGGUUUAUUUUCUCUAGCACAAAGCUAAGUGCACUAAAAUCCUCAAUCGCCUUGCAAAAUGUGACGAGCAACGAAGCCGUGAAUGCACUUCUCUAUAAAUGUGCUGCCUUUUCUGCUAGGGCGGUCAAUUCGUGUUCAUUCAAGCAAUCUCAGUUGAUUCAGUACUCAGAUUUGCGAGCAAUGAUUUCACCCCAGCUACCACCAAACUCCAUAGGAAAUCUCCUUACCAUAUUCUCGUCACCGAUAUAUGACAACGAGGAAGAACUCAAGUUACCAAAAUUAAUAACCGAUAUAAGAAAGUCGAAAACAAGCCUCUUUACAAGAAAUAAUAUUGAAGAAAAUGAGUAUGCUAUUGAGAUGCUAGAUGCAUAUAGAACAAGGAUGGGGCCAUCCCAAAAAAGGAAAUGUGAUAUUUACUUUUCGAGUAGCGUAUGUAAGUUCCCAUUAUUACAAGAUUUAGAUUUUGGAUUUGGGAAGCCAAUUAGAGCAAGCAUUGCAAAGGGUCCAUUAAACAAGUUUUUUCACUUGAUGAAGACAUAUGAUGGAGGAAUUGAAGCACAUGUUAACUUGGAUGAACAAGAAAUGUCUGUGUUCGAGCAUGAUAAGCACCUUCUUGAAUUUGCUACUCCCGUUGGUCAUUAAUUCAAUUUCACAGAGUUCGAUCAAACUUACUCGGGAUUGAGUCGCAGUGAUAAGUUAUUGUCCCAAACAACUUGAAUUUCAUUUCUGAAUUUCGAAUUAUUCUUUCUGUUGUAUUGUUUGU